CGCAACAUCAUCCUGAUCUCCUUUAGAUGCUUGAUUGAACGUGUACCCGCGUUCAAACUCCAACCUGUCCGUCGCAGUCCCCCUUCAGGAUCUCCCAACCAUGGCCCCAGACCGAGGAUCUUCACCGCGCCCAUCCACCGACGACUAUGAAAGAGCUGAGGAUGCAGGGGACAGUGCGCCCAUUCCUGCUGGAGAUCGCGACUAUCUGGCCGAGCAGGCGAGCCAGCCGCAGAACUUCACGCUGAGAGGCGUGCUCGUCGGUUUGGCCAUUGGUGUUGUGAUUUGUUUCUCCAACAUGUAUUUCGGUCUGCAGACGGGUUGGGUGUCUGGCAUGGCUAUGCCCUCCGCAUUGAUUGGAUUCGCGUACUUCAAGGUCGUUUCCCGCACGUUGAAGCUCCCCUUCACGCCGGUAGAGAAUGUGUUGGUACAAUCAGUUGCAGGUUCCGUUGGCACGAUGCCGCUUGGAUGUGGAUUUGUUGGUGUCAUCCCGGCAUUGAACUUUCUGCUAAAGCCGGAAGAGGGUGGUCCGCUCGAAAUUAGUCUGGGGAAGCUGAUUGUCUGGUCAGUGGGCAUCUGCUUCUUUGGUGUGGUAUUUGCUGUGCCUUUGCGCCGAGAGAUGAUCAUCAGAGAGAAGUUGAAGUUCCCAAGCGGAACCGCUACAGCGCUGUUGAUCAAGGUGCUGCACGGCGAGAAAGACCCCAAGCCUAGCACAGCACAUACAGAUAACGAUAGGACUGGGGCUGAGGAUGAAACGCGAGGCUUGUUGCAGGACGGGCCAGUCGAAACGCGAGGCGAAGAGCAUGAUGAUGACAACGACGCAGAUUGGAAGGCAAGGAUUCGACUCCUCAUCAUUGCCUUUGCGGGCUCCGCCCUCUACACCGUCUCGUCAUACUUUAUCCCUCAGCUCCACAACAUCCCCAUCUUCGGGCUUCCGCUCGCCACAAAUUGGCUUUGGACCCUCAACCCAUCGCCUGCCUAUGUCGGCCAAGGCAUCAUCAUGGGCCCCGCAACGACACUGCACAUGCUUCUCGGUGCGAUCAUUGGCUGGGGUAUCCUCUCGCCGCUUGCAAAGCAUAAAGGCUGGGCACCGGGUCCUGUCUCAGAUUGGACGAAUGGCUCUAAGGGCUGGAUAGUAUGGGUCUCGCUCGCCAUCAUGCUGGCAGACUCGCUCGUUAGUCUCGGCUGGCUCGUAUUGCGUCCUCUGAUUGCACUCGCGCGCAGCUACUUCCCCACGGCAAAGGAGACGUUCCGCUCGCACACCUGGCGCGAACUCCUCACGUUUAACAUCUCUCGGCGUCAGAGAUACGCCGUCCUCUCGGACGGCACAAGCACAAAUCCCAUCGCCGCCGUCAAGCAACACCUAAAUGACUCCAGCGAGCCUGACGCACCCCCCGAACAACUCAUCUCAACACGUACAACGCUCAUCGGACUCGUAAGCUCGCUGGUUCUCUGCGCCGUCGCAGUCCACGUCACCUUCCCUGGACUGAUCCCCUUCCGGCUCACGCUCCUCUCGCUCGUCCUCGCCCUUCUACUAAGCAUAAUGGGUGUUCGAGCGCUGGGUGAAACAGACCUGAACCCCGUAUCCGGCAUCUCCAAGCUAACCCAACUGGUCUUCGCCCUCGUGACGCCGACAACUGGCCCCGGCGCAAAGAACGCCGUCAUCAUCAAUCUCGUGGCAGGCGCUGUGAGCGAGAGCGCGGCGCUGCAGGCAGGCGACUUGCUGCAGGAUUUGAAGUGCGGACAUUUGAUUGGCGCGGCGCCGAAUGCGCAAUUUUGGGGCCAGAUGAUUGGCAGUGCGGUUGGUGCAGUGCUGUCGGCUGUAGUUUACAAGCUAUACACCAACGUCUACACUAUUCCUGGGGGGCUUUUCGGGGUCCCGACCGGGUAUGUGUGGGUGUUCACUGCAAGACUAGUUACAGGGACGGGACUGCCACCUAUGGUAGGAGAAUGGGCCAGUGGCGCUGCGGUGAUCUUUGCGGUGGGAACGAUGAUAAGGGUCUGGGGUACGAACAGGAAGCAGAGGGGGUUGAGCGGAUGGUGGAUCGACUUUGUGCCUGGUGGCAUUGCGGUCGCUGUUGGCAUGUACAACACACCUUCAUUCACGUUGGCGCGCACAGUUGGUGGUCUCGUCAGUUUGUGGUGGCGGAGGUGGAAGGGCAAAAGCGAGACGCCCAUCAUCAUACUUGCCAGUGGCUUGAUUCUGGGAGAAGGGCUGUGCAGCAUUGUAAACCUGCUGCUGGCGAGUUUGAAGGUACCCCAUCUUUGAGUCAGCCUGACCAAUGUAAAAAAAGAAUAAGCGACC